AUGGAUGGUGGUUAUGGAUAUGGCAACUCGUUUGGAGGAGGAGGAGGCGGCGGCGGCGGCGGUGGUGGUGGCUUCAUGCCCGGGGAGAUGAACAGUCCAGCCGGCGGCAAGCGGUCCAACCCAUGCCCAUCAACUGCUCAAGGAACCGAGACACUGAUCUCUUCCCACAACCAGGGCGACAACAACAACAACACUCUCCGUCCCGUCACAGUCAAACAAGCCCUCGACGCCUCGCAACCGUACCCCGAAGCCAGUUUCCAGAUUGACGGCGCCGACGUAUCGAGCGUCUGCGUGGUCGGCCAGGUCCGCAACAUCAGCUCGCAGAGCACCAACGUCACAUACAAGAUCGACGACGGCACAGGGGAAAUUGAAGCGAAGCAGUGGAUUGAUUCACAGAGCAGCGACACAAUGGAGACGGAUGAAAGCAAGGUCGCCGACACAAAGAAACCCCAGGUGGAGCUCAACGGCUACGCAAAGGUCUUCGGCAAGAUCAAGUCGUUCGGGAAUAAGAAAUACAUCGGCGCGCACUCCGUACGGCCCGUCACGGACAUUAACGAGGUGCACUGCCACUUGCUCGAGGCGGCGGCGGUCCAUCUGUUCUUCACGCGGGGACCUCCUGGUGGUGGAGCCGCUGGCGGCGCUGCUGGUGAUGAGACGGGUGCUGAUGCGACGAUGGGCGGUGCCGAUGACUUUGGAAACAGGGCUCUUCCUGCGAUGAGCCCCGUGGCGAGGAGAGUGUAUAGUCUGCUGAAGACGGAGCCGCAGAGCAACGAAGGUCUGCAUGCUCAACUGAUUGCGGCGAAGCUGAAUCUUCCCAUGCCCGAUGUGGCACGGGCGGGUGAGGAGCUGCUCACGGCCGGUGUUAUCUUUUCGACUGUUGAUGAGCAGACUUGGGCUAUACUGGAUUACUAG